AUUUAUUGAAGCAAAUGCAGAUUCAUUCGUAUGUUUUUGUGAUGAAUGAACCAAUACAGCAGUCUUAUAGUCAACACAAAAGCAGAAAACAACGCAAUUGGUAUUCUUUUGUCUAGAUUAGUCAAUUUUAUUCGGAAAAUAAAAAGGAUAAAUGAUAAGUUUUCUUGGAAGUUUUUAUGUCGUUGAUAUUGUUCUUUCAUUGUUCCAUAUCAAAUCUUUUGGCGCACAAAAUUGAACGCAUGACAUUUGUUUCUUUGUUGGUUAUGUCUUCCAUUGAUGUUUCAAAAUAAAGAGUUGUUUUGAUUUCAGUUGAGAUUUUCGGCGUGUUUUUUGUUCGAAAACAUCUGCCCAAAUUCCAUAUACAAAUUAUGUAGAUCGGCGGAUCUAAAUCAAAUUUACUUUACGUUUUGGAAUUAAUUUCGAAAUUGGCGUUUAUUUUUUUUAUUGUUAUAUUUUUGUUAUUAUGUUGAUAAGACUAAAUUUACUGCGGAAUUGUCAGAGUUUGAGUGUUAAAUGGCCUGUAGAAUUGUUGGAGUCAGGGAAAUUGCGACGGCAUUGCUUGCGCUAUUGUAGUGAUAUCAAACGGAAUGAGGAACUUUUGUUUAGUAGCCAAAGUGCUGGCAUUCCAUCCGCAUUAAAAAUUAGGCAAACCAUUAAAAAUGGCUUCUACGACUUUGUCGAUGGAUUCACAUGCAUUCAGACGUCAUGUCCAACAUGCCUGCCGAAGCCAGAGAAAAAUUCAGACGAAAAACCGGCAGAACAAACGAAAAAUAACGAGAAAUGCUUGUUCAUCAAUAAAACGACUGGUGAUGUAGUGUGUUCAAAGUGUCAACACAUCUUUAGUUUUAGUACAUUCGAAAAGUUUUUUGCAAAAUCGCACCCUUCAACGUCCGAUAUGGAGCGUGCCCGUGAUUUGUUCAUGAGAUCAAAACCAAAGCCAAUCAUUUUAACGGCUGACGCGAUUCAAAAGGGAGCUGUGCCAGUCAAUGAGGUGCCAACUAAUGAGCUGUACGAAAUUAUACAUUUUUUAGGUUUGCAAAAGAUUGAACCGAGCAUCUUCCAAGGGAUACACGCUUUUUGCCAUAUUAAACGAAAAACAUUGUACUUCCCAAUGCUGGACGUCGAAUCGAAUAUUGUUGGAUACAAAAAAUUGUCACGUCGGGACGAUGGCAAAAUGAGCGAAACAACCGUACCCGAACAAAAUAGCUUUGGAGCUGUGAUAUUUUCGCCGAUGGUUAAACGCGGAUUUAGAGAUCAACGAACUGCCAUUCUAGUUGUAAAUAUGCUCGAUGCAAUCGCCUUACGCAUGGAAAAGAAUAAUGUGACAAUAAUUUGCCUUCCGUAUGGGUUCAAAGCGUUGCCACAGGAGUGCCUGCCAUUGUUGGAAUCGUAUCAAAAGUUGAUAUUGUGGUUUGAUUACAAUUCCGUUGGAUGGGAUAUGGCAAAAAUGUUUGCCAAAAAACUUGAUGAGAAGCGUUGUCAUUUCAUUCGGCCGACUGAAAGUAGCCCGACGCCAUACACUGCCAUUCAGCUAUCGAUACCGGCCAAGACCAUUUUAGCGGGUGCACAACCAAUUUUGCACAAGGCAGUCACAACAUUUCGAUCACUUCGCCAGGAUGUGCUCAGUGAUCUACAGAACAUUGAUAAAGUGCAGGGUAUCAAAUGGACGAGAUAUCCAGCGUUAAAUAAAUACCUCAAAGGCCAUCGACGCGGUGAACUGACCGUUUUAACGGGGCCUACUGGUUGUGGUAAAACAACUUUCAUGGCCGAGUAUUCACUUGAUCUGGCUAUGCAGGGAGUCAAUACACUGUGGGGAUCAUUUGAAAUACGAAACACACUUCUGGCCCGAACAUUGCUACAACAAAUGGCACGCAAACCGCUCGACGAACAUCUUGAGGAGUUUGACACAUGGGCCAAUACAUUCGAACAACUUCCUAUGUACUUUAUGACCUUCUAUGGGCAACAACCACUCAAAGUCGUUAUGGAGGCAAUCGAACAUUCACAAUACGUUCACGAUAUACAUCACGUAAUCAUCGACAAUUUACAAUUCAUGAUGGGCACCAGCAAUGAUCCACGCACCUUUGACAAGUAUUGGAAACAGGACGAAAUUAUCUCCUCGUUUCGUACAUUUGCCACACGUAGAAAUUGCCAUGUAACACUUGUUAUUCAUCCACGGAAGGAACGUAGUGACGAAGACCUAACGAUCAAUUCGAUCUUUGGUAGUGCGAAGGCGACCCAGGAAGCGGACAAUGUGCUCAUCAUCCAAGACAAGCGGUUGAUUUCAAUCAAGGGGAAAAAGUAUUUACAGAUCGCAAAAAAUCGUCACAGUGGCGAUUUGGGCAUAAUGAUGCUAGAUUUCGACCGAGAUGCUCUUAGCUACGCACCGAAGAAAUGAGGACAACAACAGAAAUUAAUCAGAAUUUACGACAAUGGCAUUUAUAUUACAACUAGCGAUCGACCGCUUGAAACCAGACUGUACAAAAUUACUUACGCAACGCCGUAGCCAUGCCGGCGCAAUGGGUGCAUUGCACCCUCCAAAAAUUUCAAAGGUGCAACAAAAUCGGAUGCAAAAUCGGGUUUCAAAGGUGCAACAAAACAAAAAUUUCGAUUUUGCACCCUCCAAUUUUUUUUCUGGCUACGGCGCUGUACUUACGGCUCAAUUAAUUUCAUUGAGUCGUAAUAUACUUGCAUUUAUAAUUUUUCUUUUCCCUCAAAUUGCAUAUAAACGAACGUUAUCUACAUAAAAAGAUCUUUAAUAAAACACAGAAAAAAAUACAAUCUCAACCGUGAGUAGGGUUAUUGAAAUCCAAA